CCUCUUGUUUCUGGUUCUAUAUCGCCACAUCCUAAGCCCAACACAUAAACUCUCUCUCUCUCUCUCUCUCUCUCUCUCUCUCUCUCUCUCUUGAUUUCGAAAAGCAUUCGUGUUUUUACUUGGUUUUCUCGUCGGAUUGAUGUUGGAUUCUGUGGUUCCGACCGUCGAACCGGCCACAGAUACGUCUCCGGAAUCUCGCCGGAAGAGGAGGAGGAAGUCGGAGGGGGAGACGCAGCGAUCGACCGGCCAAGAACAGACGAGGCGUGGCGCGAAGAGAUGGAGAACAGAACGGGAACAACAGAUCUACUCGUCAAAGCUCUUCGAAGCCCUCCGCCGAGCUCGUCGGAGAUCCGACGAAGCUGGUAAAAGCUCCGGCAGGGUUAGAGAGAUCCGAGAUGCGGCGGACCGAACACUCGCGGCGUCGGCUCGGGGUACGACUCGGUGGAGCAGAGCGAUCCUGGCGAGUCGAGCCCGAGCGAGGCUGAGGAAGCACAAAAAAGCCAAGACGACCGGAAACAACCGGUCCAAACGGUUCCCGGCGACGGUGACGCAGAGGCCAACAAGGACGAGGUCAUCGACGGUGGAGAGGAAACUGAAGAUCCUCGGGCGGUUGGUUCCCGGUUGCCGGAAAGUUUCCGUGCCGAACCUUCUAGAAGAAACAUCCGAUUACAUCGCGGCUCUGGAGAUGCAAAUCCGUUCCAUGACAGCUCUCGCCGAACUCCUAGCUACCGCAUCUCCGCCGCCGCAGGCCACCGGAGCCUGACGGCGGUUAGAUAUGCCACGUGUUAAUUAGUUUUUUUUUUGCCUUUCUGUUUCUUUCAAGUUUUUGUCGACCAGAUUUUUAUUAAUUUAAUUCAUGUACUUUUUUUUAUACGUUGCUUCCUUUUUUUUCCCUCUUUUGUUCUUUCUAUUUGUUUUUCUCCUUAAUCAGUCAUUUUCUA